UACCUGUAUAUGAUGAUGAUGCCUUACAUUCGACACCCGACACAGUACAUCCAAUAGUUUAACGUAUUCCAUUGUAUUACGUGUCUUUGUGUGUGCGAUACUCGUUUUUUUUCUUCUUCUCUGUUUCUGUACCUAACCAAAACGUGCCAAGUUCAUGGAAAACGAAUUAAAUACCAUAUAUUUUAGAUAAACGAGAAGACGAGCAAAAAAUAGACGGUCCCUUGGCGAAAAAAAAACUAUUUUGUAUACAAAGUACUAGUAUUGUCAUUUUUGUGUAACGUCACCGACAAGUAAGUGAGUUGUGCUCAAAGGGAAUUCAUAUAUUUUAUUUAGUACCUAGUAAAUUGAAGGUUUCGCUGGUAUAGUUUUUGAUCUUAGAACUAUUCCGAAAACAUAAUCAUACAAACCAACAACAUCACCAAUACAAAAAAUAGAAAACAUGGCCGAUAAUAACACAAAUCAAGAGAGACCGCGGGGUUUUGAAGCACUCAAGCAACACAUCAUCGACAAUAAAGUUGACGUUGCACUUUGGGCAUCGCGUGUACUCACGAUUCUCUUUGCGUUUGGAUAUGUGCUUCCGAUAUUCGGAAAUGCUCAAAAUGCAUUCUACAAAGUAUUAUUGGCAAAUGCAGCCACCAGUGCACUCCGUUUACAACAGCGAAUGCCACGUUUAUCAUUUUCGCGUCAAUAUUUGCAACUGCUAUUGGUAGAAGAUUCAUGCCACUAUCUCUUCUUCUCAACCAUUUUCUUGUACGUCAGCCCGUUCAUUUUGAUUCUAUUCCCAGUGGUUUUGUUCGCUAUUUUGCACGCAGCUAGCUACUCACUCACUUUAUUGGACCAACUUGGCCAAAAUUCAUGGUGGGGUGCUCGUCUUAUGAUUUCACUUGUGGAAUUGCAAACAACAAAUAUCUUGCGAUUGGCAGCAUUGUCCGAAAUUUUGUUGAUGCCACUUGUUGUCUUCUUUGUAUUUAUGGGUCGGGCCGGAUUAAUGACACCAUUCAUCUAUUACCACUUCUUGGCAUUGAGAUAUUCAUCACGUCGUAAUCCAUACAAUCGUAAUAUGUUCCAUGAACUUCGUUUGGCCGCAGAAUCAUUGGCCAAUAAUCCACGAGUGCCUCCAUUCGGCAAAAAACUAUUAUUGUCCGGCAUUUCAAUCGUUGAAAAAUUGGCACCAGCUAUUGCUCAAGCUCAACAUUAACGACCACUUUAAUCAUCGUUUGAAUGUAAUUUUUUUUUUUCGUUUUUAAUAAUUAUUUAAACAAAAAAUCAACAACAACAUAAGCUUAUGCAAUUGUAAUUAAAGUGAGUGCACAAAAGAAUUUUAGUUUUGUGUAUCGGUUAAGGUUUUUCAAAUGGUCUAGCUGGUAAGAAUCACACCUACCUUAAUUAAUGUAUGUUAAAAAUAAACAAUUUCGAACACCAUGAAUUUUUCAAACAACAAUAAAAUAAUUACGACCUGAACAGGAGAGUUCGGACAUUCAAAAAUAUUUUUAAAACAUUACCUUUUCGCCGCGCGGUAUCAACCUGGUGUUGUAAUGAGAUGAAAAAUACAAUAAACUCUAACUUUUCUAUUAGAAAACCAAAUCGA